UUCUGAGGCAUAAGUUAAUGUGCCUUUAAGUUACAUCUUGUCAUUUUUCGUUUCUGAGGCAUAAUAUGCGUUUAAGUUACAACACGUGAUUAGUCAAUCACUAGAAUGAUGAUAGGUGAAUCUACACGGGGUAGGAUUAAAUUUCCUCGGUAAUUUUACAUCUACACCGGUUGAGAGAAAACAAUUUUUUGGAUGAAAGUAAAUUACGUAUUAAAUUACUUGAAGGCUGUCCCAAGUCGUAAACAAUUGAACUUGUAAGAGGUUUUUAUCUUGAACAAACUGGUUGAAAGAUGGCUUUAGUAAAUUAGUGUGCUGGAAACAUGUCUUCAAAUCUUCAUCAGAUUUUGGCCGGUAUGCAGUCUGCACAGUGGUAUGACCAUUUUCGGGGAGCACUUUACCCUUUGAACCUAGAAUUAUGUCAAACCAGCUCACAGAAACCUCCAGAGGUGAAAUCAUUGUUGCAGCUUUCAGCUGAUCAUAUUGUACAGGAUUCUACUACAACUAUGAAUGCGGUGAAUAUUUUACCACAAGAACUAUGUACUGUCUUAAUGCAGCAGGCUCUAGAAGGAAACAAAGACAGAGCUGUGGAUGUUCUUCUCACCAAAUGGCCACUUCAGACUCUCAGUUUGAAAAAGUUUGCGCCCGAAAUAUUCACCAAACUCAGUGUACUACAUGAUCAUGUAGAUCUGACUAGAGUAGCAAAGCAGGGACUUAGGUACACCACCUGUGUGGCUCAUAACUUCCUGGAGACCUUGAAGAAGAAAUGCAAAACAAAAUUGAAAUUUGUAGAUUUAACAGGAUAUCCAACAGCUGAAGUGAUUGCCUACUACUUAGCCACUCACUGUAUGUUGGCGCACAAUGAGGCUCGGCAAAAUCUAAUGAUAAAGAAAUACGAGGAGGCUGUUAAACUGCUACCAGAGGAGGAAGCUCAUGAUAAGUUAGAAAGAUUCACAACAGACCAGUCACUGCCAGAUGAUUAUUUUGCUGUGAAGUUGGACUUGUUUGUUUCUUCUGAACCAGCCCUGUAUGAAGUGUGCAAGGCCUUGAAGGUUUCUGGAUUUAGAGAGAGCACAUUAAGGUUGAUAGUUGAUAAACUUGAUGUGACUUGUCUUGGCCAACCAAAGGUGGCAAUUCUCCUGGAACAAAUCAACCCAGAGCAUUUAUAUGGACUAAGAUUGAAGUACAACUCCCUCAGUUCCAUGGAUUUUAUCAGGCUUUGUCCACUCAUAUCAACAUUUACAAACAUCACAUCCUUAGAUCUUUCAUGCAACACCAUUAACAUAUUCCAGAAUGACACUGCGUGUGAUGAGAUGACAAAACUUUUCACGAGUUUGAAAAACCUUGUACGUCUUGAUCUCAGUAAUAACAGGAUUAAAUCAAAGUUGCGGCGUGUGUUGUCAGCCAUCGAAAAACCGUUACAAUAUCUUAAACUCGCUGGCUGCGGAUUGGCUUUGACUGACUUGACAUAUUUAUCAAUGUCGCAUCACACGCAGGGUUUGCAGGAGCUUGACGUCAGUGAAAAUGGUCUUGGUUUGAACUUUGGCACAGUGUUACAUCUGUUACGAAAUAUACAGACGCAGGUGCGUGUGCUAGAACUAGAGGACACAUCAAUAUCCGAUAAUAAUUUGGAUUCGUUGAACAUUUCACUGAAACUGUUACCGUCGCUCAUGUAUUUGAACAUAUCAGGCAACUCCUUGUUGUCGGAGAAGCUACAUGAGCUGGGCAUGGCUGUAGCAGGACUCGAACAUUUACAGUAUAUAUGUAUGUCAUACCCACGAGACUGUUACCUGCCUGAUGUUGGUGAGGAGCAAGAUCGACUGAAAGGAGAGUUUGGCAACAAUUUUGGUCAUAUUAUCUUUACAGAGCAGGAAAGACGAGGCAUUACAAACAAGGUACCAACUAUUGUUUUGACUGAACUGGACCAAGACAUGGAUCAGCUGUGAUUUUAUGUACUGUGAUAAUCGAGAUGGUUAUUUUACUUAGUGCUUGUUUGUUGUUUUGAUUAAAGAUUUCCAUUUGUUUUAUGUUAAAUGUAUCGGAGAUAUUGAGAAAUAUCUGAAAAUAGUAAAUUUUGAUACUUUAUAAUCGUACAAGUAAAAUGAAAAGAAAUUGUCAUUUAUUUUCAAACAAAGAUAAUUGUUAAAAUAUUUAUUACAGUUGAAAAGCCAAAGUGCUGAAUGAAUUUUUUUAGAAAAGAUAGGUAAAUUACUAUGCACAUUGUAUAAUUAUUUAUUGGAAAGAGGCCUAGUGUAUGAAAUGAUUGUAUCUCCAACCAGGGUGGCAUUUAUUGUCACUAUAGGUACACAACUAUAUUUUGGGCAUUAGUUAGUCAAGGAAGCAAGUGAUUAUGUUGUAAAACUUUGCUGACAUUCAAGCUUAAAUAAAUACAUAUCAAAACUA